AUGGCCCUCCAGUUCCUUCCCCUCGUGUUACUGGCCGCCGUGCUGCCGGCGGCUGCCGUUUCUUCCCGGAGCAAUGGCACUGGCACUGACCUCGACGCUCUGCUCGCGUUCAGAGCACAGCUCUCGGAUCCUCUAGGCGUUCUUCGUGGCAACUGGACCCCCGGCACGUCCUUCUGCCACUGGCUGGGCGUCUCGUGCAGCCAGCGCCGAGAGCGCGUCACCGCCCUGGCGCUGCCAAACACUCCCCUGCAUGGGAGCAUCUCUCCCCACAUCGGUAACCUCUCUUUCCUCUCCGUCCUAAAUCUCACCAACGCCAACCUCACAGGAUCCAUUCCUCCUGAGCUUGGAAGACUGAGACGCCUCAGGAUUCUUGCUCUUCCCUGGAACAGUUUGUCAGGUUAUAUCCCAUCAACCAUUGGAAACCUCACGAGGCUCGAGCGCUUUGUUCUUUACGAGAACAGUUUAUCAGGGCAUAUCCCACCUGAGCUGCAAAACCUGCAAAAUCUUAGGCACUUAGAGCUGCAGACGAAUUACUUGAGUGGCAAAAUACCAGAAGAAUUAUUCAACAACACACCCUACCUGAGUCAUCUGAACCUAGGCAACAACAGCCUAUGGGGAACGAUACCAGUUGCUAUUGGUAGCUUGCCCGUGCUUCAGCUCCUUAUCUUGCAAAACAAUCAGCUAACCGGCACAGUGCCUCCUAACAUCUUCAAUAAGUCCUCCCUGCAAGUUCUGAGCCUCUGGAGAAACAAUAAUCUGACUGGGACUAUCCCUGGCAAUGAAAGCUUCAGUCUUCCAGCGCUGCGGAUUUUGUCCCUCUCUGCAAACAACUUCGUGGGUAGGAUUCCUGUGGGACUCAGCGCGUGCCAGUUCAUCCAAGUAAUAUCUUUGUCAGAAAAUGUUUUUACGGAUGUUGUGCCAACAUGGUUGGACAAAUUGUCGAACCUCUGGUACCUUGCUUUAGGUGGAAAUAACCUUGUUGGGUCGAUCCCAGUUCAGUUAACCAAUCUCACUGGGAUUCAAAAACUAGAUCUAUCAAACUGCAAGCUGAGAGGGCAAAUCCUGCCAGAAUUUGGGAAGAUGAGACGACUCUUUUUUUUGCAUCUUUCAGCUAAUGAACUGACAGGUCCAAUUCCAGCUUCCAUCGGUAACCUGUCUGACUUGUCUCUCCUAGUGUUGGAUACAAAUGUGUUGACUGGACUGAUCCCAGACACACUUGGGAACCUCGGCUCUUUAGUCUAUCUUAGUUUUGGAUGGAACCACUUCGAGGGAGACCUUAACUUUUUGGGUGCUCUUUCAAAUUGUAGGCAACUCAGUUACCUUGGCAUCUCCUCCAAUUCUCACUCUGGAAGUCUCCCAGAUUACAUAGGAUACCUCUCCAAGAAACUAGUGACUUUCCGAGCAGAUGAUAACAACUUAAUUGGCGGACUGCCUGCAACUAUCUCAAAUUUAACUAGUCUCCAAUUCAUUGAUCUCACAGGCAACAAACUGAACCAGCCAAUCCCAGAAUCUGUUGUGUUAAUGGACAAUCUCCAGGUACUUGCUCUCACCAGUAACAGCAUAUCUGGUCCCAUUCCAACCCAAAUUGGCAUGCUUCAAAGCCUUCUUGAAUUGCUUCUUGACGACAAUGAAUUCUCUGGCUCCAUACCUGAUGGCCUUGGUAAUCUUAGUAUGUUACAACUUUUAUCUCUGUCCUAUAACCAGUUGUGUUCAACCAUACCGCCGAGUUUAUUUCAUAUUGACAGCCUUGUUGAACUCGAUAUGUCAAACAACCACUUGAUGGGUCCUCUCAAAGCUGAUAUACAAAGCAUCAAUGCAAUUAAUAAAAUAGAUCUCUCUAGCAAUCGACUACUUGGUGGCCUUCCAGAUUCAUUUGGGCAAUUACAGAUGCUGACCUACCUCAAUUUAUCACAUAACUCAUUUCAAGGUUCAAUUCCAAAUUCUCUUGGCAAGUUAGCGAGCAUGGAAACAUUGGACCUUUCCUACAAUAACCUCUCUGGCAACAUUCCACUGUACCUGGCCAAUCACCAAUCUGAACCUCUCCUUCAAUAA